CCAAAAUGUCGUGCAGAUUAGAUUAUUCGCAGGAGCUGAAAUGGGAGCGAUCAUUUUUAAAGAAAAAGUGCAAGCAGGUUGGUGUGGAACACGAGUUUCACAAGUACCAAAUGCGCUUGAGUGCCAAUUACAUCGGUGUGUUCCUUGUGCUCCAUCUGGGAUUCAUAGCGUCUCACAGCAUUUUGUUGCUAAUGACAUCUGCGCCCUAUUAUGAUUCAAUUUAUAUCGAUAUUGCCGUUUAUUUGAUUUCGGCCGUUGUCGUUUCGGUCACAAUGUGGGUCAACUUCUAUGAGGAUUUUGUGCUGAGGCAUUUUUAUUUAACGUAUUUAACGUCGAUCCUAGUCGUUAUUUUUUUCGUUGUCAUUGAUGUUUCGCUCUGUAUUUAUCAUGCAUAUAUCAAUUGGGAGACAAUGUCAAUUUUCGAUACGUAUCUUAUGUUAACGAUAUAUGUGUUUCUACCAAUACCUCAUAUAUUACCGCCACUGUUGCUUGGAGGGUCGGCAACCUUAUUUUAUGUUAUAUUUCGUAUCGUCAACCAUAGCUUAAGACGUAAUUAUAUGUUUAUAACCACCCAUAUUGCCCAUCACAUUUGUUUAAAUCUGUUGGGCACAUUUUUUCGCAUAAUACGCGAUAUUAUUGUACGCUCAUCGUUUCUGGAUCGUCAUCAGUACUUCAUGGAGGACCUUUGGAUAAGGAAUGCUCGGAAGCAGGAGAAGGUAUUCCUGCACACCAUUCUACCGAUGCAAAUAGCACAGCCCAUCGAAUCUGAUAUACGCAAUCGGAUUAAAUACUCGGAAAAGCAUCGCGAUCAAGUGUCGCCAAAUAGAAGGGAACACAUUAUGGCCAUUCAACUUCAUCCGGAUGUCAGCAUCCUUUAUGCAGAUGUUGUCAACUAUACCCAUCUAACAACCACAUUAUCGGUGAAUAAUCUUAUAGCCCUACUCCAUGAGAUCUAUGGCCGAUUCGAUAAUGCCGCCAAACGAUUCAUGGUGCAGCGCAUCAAAUUUUUGGGUGAUUGCUAUUAUUGUGUAUCUGGGAUGAUAACACCCGAUCCCGAUCAUGCCAAGCGCUGUGUCGAACUGGGCCUCUGUAUGAUCGAAAACAUGCGCGAUGUACGAACAAAGCAAAAUGUCGACAUUGAUAUACGUGUGGGUGUCCACUCGGGAGAGGUCUUCGCCGGCGUUAUUGGUACAGCGAAGCUGCAAUAUGAUAUUUGGGGCAGAGAUGUGAUAAUUGCUAACCAUUUGGAGGCAACUGGUGUGCCCAGCUAUAUUCAUGUUAGCGAAAGAACGCUCCAACUGAUCAUUGAUUUUGGAUUUGAGGUACAUCCGGGUACUCAGACAGCGCUUGCGGAUCCCUAUCUUGUCAAGCACAAUAUUAACACAUUUCUGAUACGUUUAAAUGCUUAUGCACACAAAUCAAUUAACUUGAAUAUUGAUAAAUUUGAAUACAUCAACACAAUAUCCCCGAUGUUGGACACCAAGGGGCAGAAUCAAAAUGUUGAACAAGAGCUGGCCGAGGAGUUCAAAAAGAUGCCUGUGGGUCCGUCUGGCAUAUGUAAAGCCAUCAAGAAGUUGCUACGCUUUGGUGCAUCCAAGGAUAUGAAGGAUGUGAAGCAUACUGAUACUGCAAUCGGCUAUUAUAUGAUGCAGUUUCACGAUCCUCGCCUCGAAAUCAGCUAUGUAAAUCAGCCAGACUAUUUGCUUAAGUACAGUAUACUUUUAGCCUGGAUCAUUUGCCUCAGUCUGGCUUACACGCAAAUGGUCUUCGUGAGUGGAUUCGUUCCAUUUGCCUCAUAUCUGAGCGCACUCUUCGUAGUCAGCUUGACCAUGUUGCUUAUUGUCGCCUGGUACAAGAAGCUCUGCAUUUGGCGAUACUCCAAUCGACCACACAGAUACUCUCAAUUUAGUUGCUAUCUAUUCCGCAUCGGCGAGAAUAUUCAGAGCAGCCUGGUGAAACGGAUGAGUAUCUAUUUGUACACGAUAUCCGUGUACUUUGCCAUCGUAUCUAUGAUGUUGAUGGACUGCGACAAGUCGGAGUUUCAGCUGGUGCAAAUUGAGAGCAAACUGUACCAUUAUGAACCGGAAUAUAGUAUGUGCUUUCCUCCCUGGGUGCUAACCACGAUGGUGUCCCUCAUAAUUAGCAUGAGUUUGAUAUUCACACGAAUUCCCAUCAUGAUGAAGGUCAUUGUUAGCACCCUGGCAGCGAUAACCUAUCUUAUUGUCGUAUUCUUUCAAUUUGAAAUUAUUAUGCAUCAUACUUUUACAACCAAUCCGUACUUGUCACCUGAAUAUUGCCACGGCGAAUUUGUCGUUAUAAUUCUACUCAAGCUAUAUUUCAAGGAGCGACAAACGGAGUUCAACAACAAGAUCAACUUUAAAUGGAGAGUUGAGCUGUUGAAGAAACAGCAUGAUGGCUAUAUAACCGAUCAGUCCAUAAGUGUUCUACUUCACAACAUAUUGCCAUCUCAUGUCGUCAACGUCUAUUUGAAUGCGCUGGCAAAGCACGAGUUUUACUAUGAGAAUUACGAGAUGGUCGCUGUUAUGUUUGCCUCCCUGAAAAACUUUCCAAUGGAUUUGCCCAAUUUGCGUCUUCUUAACGAAAUCAUUUCGGAAUUUGAUAGAAUCCUGACCUUUUACAGGGACUAUUAUGUAGUGGAAAAGAUCAAAAUUGUGGGCUGUACGUAUAUGGCAGCAUGUGGAUUAGAUGUGCGAUUCUCCAAAGUAUACGUCGAUACGAGAGGUCCACAUGAUUCCGUGAUUCGGGAGGUUAUGCGUGCACGUCGCUCCCUUAUGCUCCUUAACAAGAACAGUGGAAUGAUCCGGAAAAGGGAUGAGGUGGUUUUUGUGCUAACCACCUUUGCAUUGGAUUUAAUGAGAACUUUGUGGGUGUGCAACAAAAACAUGUCAGUGUAUCGCGAAAUAUACGAUACGGACCUGAGCAUUGGUAUAUCCAGUGGCGAGGUGAUGGCCGGCGUUGUGGGUGCCUCCCAGGUGCACUACGAUAUUUGGGGCAAUGCGGUCAAUAUGGCCUCACGGAUGGAUUCGACGGGCGUUGCUGGCAAGAUACAAGUGACCGAAGAGACGGCCACAAUACUGGUCGAUUAUGGCGUAGAGUGCAGCUACCGUGGCUUGACCUAUGUCAAGGGGCGUGGCACAUUGCCAACCUAUUUUGUGGACAUCGAUGAUAAUUAUGAAUUUAAAUAUAGCCGCAUGGACAUGGAUAAUGGGGAUCGUAGUUCCAGCUCAGAGGGCUCAACCAAAGCAUAACAAUUUUUAAAAUAACUUUCGUGUUAUUAUUAC